UUGCAACCGGUACAUCUCUCUGAAUCGCCCUGAUCCCUGCCAAUUUACCAUUUUGAACCGACGGGAGCUCAUGAAUAUUUAGAUUUUUCUCGAGACCCACACAAAACCCAUAGUAAAACGACAAAGCUCUACCUUCGAAAAAAACUAAAGAGAUGCCUCUCGCUCCCUUACCUCCGUGUCCCGCUACCCGAGUCCCCGACCUGGCCAGUGGCAUCUCUUCCUCGAGCACCAACACACUCAAAUAUCCAAGAAAACCGCGAUCAAUCCUUGAAUUUCCAGUUGAAAUUCUGACGAAUAUCGCUGUAGAAUUAGUAAUAAACCAUCCAAGCCAGCGGCAUCGUGCUUUAAAGACUAAUCAGCUGGGUAAACUACUUCGGAUAGAAGCUAGGAAAUCAAACUUGAUUGAGUUCAAAGAACUGCUGAAUUUCGGGCUCACUUGCAAGUAUCUCCAUUCGAUUUGCGAACGGAUUUACCAGAAACAAGUAGUCCUCACCCUUCCCUCUACAAAACACACGUUGAGCCAACCACGUCUACAACCACGCCGAGAUAAGUCGGGGCGAGCUUAUAGCACUGCUGGUUAUCCAUAUUCGAGAACCAUCGAAACGCACGAUUCAGUUGCUAGAGGCUGGUCCGGGGCACAGAAUGUCAAUUGGCUAUUCAUUUCCAACCAAGCUUACUAUCAACCAAAGUACUCGGGCAUGUUUUCGGGUCUCAUUAGCUCUACCGCUAGACUUGCCAGAUCUUUUUCAAAUCUCAAGUUCCUAUGCCUGUCCCGUUUGAAUAACGAAACCAUCUUGUCGUGCCUAGAACGAGGUGUUGGGAAAAACCUGCAGGCAUUGUCUAUUACUCUCUCUGAGGUGGAGGAUUCAGAAUCUUCACUUCGAGGUCUGGCCAAUCGUAUAGCGCGCUUAACCACGAUCUCACACCUUGAAGCGAUUCAAGUGAAUGACAUAGAGCCAACCUGGGUGGGACUAAUCAACCAAGUCAACAAUUUGAGAGAGAUUUCGCUUCAUAUCACUAAUUUUACCCCGGAAAUGGUCCAGCUUCUUGAUGGUCACAAAAGUCUUCGAAAGCUGGAGAUUUUUGGGGGAGUUCGAGAAUCCCCGAUGGGUCCUGAAUUUUUUCAGCUGGUUCACCGCAAAUUCCCCGAGAUCGAAGUGUUCAAGUGUGGACUUCAUUUCGCAGGGAAGGAAAAUUUAUACUACGGUGAAGUCAACCAAUACGCCUCAGCACUGGCACGAUUUCCUUACCUUCGACAGUUUGUCUUCAACCAUUUCAAUUCCCCACAACUUUUGGAUUAUUCUGACCGAUCCACCACCACCGAUGCCGUCCUUGAUCAGUUCCGCACCUACUCGGCACCUUAUCUAGUCAAAUCACAAAGCCUACAGGAGCUUAUUUUCAUAGAUUUCUCAGAUCGAACGUCAGUGAGUGGUAUAUCAGCCAAAAAAAUUCAUUCGAAUCAAGAUAAGCACGUAAUCCCAGCGGCCAUGCCGACAAAGCCAGAUCGAUUGGCUCCGAAAGGUGUCUUGAAAGUCUUAAACCUCUGUAAAAAUCAACACGGAAUGUUGUUCCGCGGGGCAGAAAAGGCGGGAAGCGUUGCCACAGGGAAGAAUACAGAGUGUUCUAAUAGGACUACGAUCAAAAUGCAAAAAAUCCAAGACGUCCGGGAUACGAUCAUGGUUUCAUUCGAACACCGCUGGGCGAAAAUCAACUAACAUGAAGCGUGUUCUGAUCACCGGUCGGUAGUUGCGAUUCAUGUUACAAAAUACCCAUCAUCACAUUAGCUACAGGUUGUUAUUUUUAUUCAUUCGAGGCGCGAUUUGAGCGAUACUUGGCAUCUUACUAAAAGAAUAUUCAGAAGGGUGAAAUUCAGUUAUGCAAAACUUAUAUUCCAGAAUUGAAAAAAAAAAAAACAUUUCAUUUCUCCCCUCAACCAAAAAGAGCACAAGUUGAGUUAUCUGUUGAAAUAAUCCCUGAGAUAAAAGUGCAUUGGGAGAAACCUCAUAAGUCAAUGAUGAAUCCUCAUAACAUAGUUUGAUUUUAAUUUGAAGAUUGUAGUAAGGCUUGAUUCACAUAAAUAACAACCUAAAAAAGAAGAGCAAAGGCUCCAGGCCGGUAGAUUCAUCUACAUUGAAUACAUUAUUUUAGACUGCUUGUUGACUACCAUGCCAAUUUUCUAG